UGGGAACCGCUGUCCCGGAGUGGCCGACCUCCGCUCGCCGGCUCUCUGCCUCCGACUCCGCCUCUCUCGGCACCAAACACACGAGACUGCGACCGACCCCAGCCUGCCUGCCGCCACGACGAAACCCCUUCCAGCUCUGCUUGUGUACUUUCCCACUGUUACUUCUGUCCCAACGCGAACCCACCUGUCUCACGCCCAGUGCACCGCUAAUUUUGCCGGAAGAAAUAAAAGAGGCCACAUUGAAAAGUAGCUGUAUCGGAUAAGUUUUUCUUCUUUGCCCCCCUCAGUUUUUGGCCCCGCGGCGGGGCAAGAUAGCAAGGGUCAGGCCGGGGGAAAAGGAGACCGUAUGAUGUGGAUCUGGUACCUUCUGCUUGGUUCGGGGUCAGGCUCAAGAACUGUUGAGAGCCAGCUGCUCCCAGGGAAUAACUUCACCACCGAGUGCAACAUCCCUGGAAACUUCAUGUGUGGAGAUGGCAAGUGUGUCCCAGGUGGAUGGCAGUGUGACGGAUUGCCCGACUGCUUUGACAAGAGCGACGAGAAGGGCUGUCCUAAGGUCAAGUCAAAGUGCGCCCCUACAUUCUUUGCCUGCGCUAAUGGCGUCCACUGUAUCAUCGGGCGCUUCCGCUGUAACGGCUUCAGUGACUGUCCUGAUGGGAGUGACGAGGAGAACUGCGGCAACCCAUUGGUGUGCUCGGAGGCUCGCUUCAGGUGUCGAAAUGGCCACUGUGUAGACCGCAGCUUUUUGUGUAACGGCCAGGACAACUGUCAGGACAACAGUGACGAGGAGCUCUGCCUAACUACAGCAGAAGCUCCAGGGCAGGACUUUGUGACACUGGAUUACCGUCUGCGCUACUACCCCAGCAUCACCUAUGCUGUCAUCGGCAGCGCCGUUAUCUUCGUCCUGGUGGUGGCGUUGCUGGCCUUGGUGCUCCAUCACCAGAGGAAGCGGAGCGUCCUGCUGCCCAGAGGCGUAAGAGGGAGUUCACAUCACCACCACCAGCCCUUGCUGCUGUCCCGUCUGGUCAUCUUGGACAGGGGCCAUGUCCAUCCGGGAGGUGCAGGUCUCUCCCCCAGCUCCCCGAUGGCAGCUGGCCAGUACAGCUCAACUCCUCAGGCACUGCGACUGCUGUCUGGGACACUGUAUCCCCCCGGCCUCUCCAUGGACUCGCCUCCGUCAUACUCACAAGCUGUUCUGGAUGUCAGUCGGCCUCCCUGGUUUGAUCUCCCUCCUCCCCCAUACCUCUCAGAUGGGGAGCUUCCAUCAGAGGGCGAGCUGCCUCAAUAUGAGGGCCCACAGGACCCUUUGAGCCACCCCGCAGGGUAUCCCUCUGCACCCUCCACACCCAGAACUGUGGUCUCAAGCACGCCGCCGAGUUGGAGUUCCAGAGAGGAGUCGGACCAGCUGUAGCCACUCCCUUGACUUCCCUUGACUGAUAGCAAUAGUGAGAACAUAGACACUGCAGGACUGAAGGACCAGGCUGCAGGCACACGUGAAGCUAGGACAGUCCACAGCACCUGAUGAGGAGAAUCAACAGGGACUAAGAGACUGUAGGAUAAACAGUGUCCUAAGCUCCAGCCUACGCGUCGGUUUGUUGAGACGAGCUCAUCCGGCUAGACUGAUCUUGUAUGCUGGCUCCCCCAGCUGGGGUCAUGGCUGCACUACACCUUAAUCAUUAAUUAAUUUUUCAUCAGUUCACUUGAAUUGUGCUCCCCUUGAAGAAAUACUGUGCAUGAUACUUAGAUCAGUGACUACGACCUGCAUCUCCAAAGUAGUAGGCAGAAAACUGACACUCGUUAACACAUUCAUUAACAUAUCAUAUAAUGAUAACUGCAAAAUAUGGCAGCACCUGAAAUGGUCAUUGUGUUAUGGUAUAAUCAUGGUAAAGUGGCAGCGCUUGGACAGCUGAGUCAGUCAUGCACCAUUUGUACACAUACUGCACUUCACCUUACACAUUUACAGUAUUUUCCAUAGUGGGGUUUAUAAGAGAUAAUAAGAGAUUUUAUUGUGCUAAAAUUGUAAACUACCUAAAUACUAGAUAAAAAUCUGUACUGUUGAGAAUUACUGCUACAUUUGAUGACUUACUGUACUCUUUAAGCAAUGACAUGCUGGCUUAUUCUUACUGAAGUUGAUACACGUAUAGACAAUACAGUAGUGCUGUAUAGAUGCACUUGUGAUAUACAAAAGCAGCUGAAUCUGAGAUACUCAAACUUUUUAAUCUGGUUUUCAGUGUUGGUGUGAACAGUGAACUGAUUGUAGGACAAAUUAACGUCUUGUGACUUCUUUAAUGGUACUUUAAGCUAAACCCAUAUUAGCAACAUGUUUCCACUGAGUUGUUGAUUUAAGAGACAUUUCUAAAAGACUCUUGUACUUUUUUUCACAAUAUGUUUCACAGUAUUUCUUUAUGUGAUUUGGUUAAAUUCAAGUUAGAAACGUGAAGAGGACCAGAGGGAUUUUUCCAAAUAAUGUUGAGCAGAAAUUAUAUAGAAGUAUAUAUCCUUAGCAUAAAUCAUUCCUCUACACAGAAGAACCACCUCUGUUAGCAAAGAUGAAUUUUUAUUACAUUUCUGUUUGAAGACCAAUAGUGUUUUUUAUGUAGAGAAAAGAAAAAAGAAAUACAAAUGAUUUUGUUGAGGCCUUAUUCUGUGCCAGUUUGGCCCUUUAGUGCCUUUGUAUGUGAUAGGUUUGAGGGCACAAAUCACUUGUUUAAAACCUCAAGAAACAGCAGCCUGGUCUGAGAUUUUACAGUUAGCUCACAUGAAAAAAAUAUUGUCUUAGAUCACAUUGUUCAAGUUAUGCUUGAACUUUUUUUUUAAUGUAUAUAACUGGUUGUAUGUCAUUCUGGGAAAGCAUCCUCAGUAGUAUUAGACAAUGGCUGAUUAAAUCCAUACCUGAAGGAUCAGUGUUUGUAAAUGUACUAUUGUCUUUUGACCUUUUUGUUCAUUAAUUUCAAAGUGGUUUGUUUGACACUGUACAUAGGAGAUAUGGAAAGUAACGAAAUCUAUUUAAAAGUAGAGUUUAAAGUGAGACAUGAAUGUGUAAAUGUAGUUACUUUUCCUCUAGAGCCAGCGGUGAUAAUGCAGGCACAAGAAAAACAAUCAAACCAAAGACGAUCAUUUUUUACCUUAACCCAAGGAUAUUGCCCUCCAAAGGAAUGAUUAUGCGUCACAACUGUUUAUACCUUUAUUAUAUUAAAAUGUGCAAAUGUUUAUUGGUUUCAUGUUGUUUGCCGUAAAACUGGAGAACAUUUCUCAGGACAAAAUGUAUACCAGUCUGUCUGUUCUGUUGUUUAUAUCUUGGUUGUGUUUUAAGGAAUGUUUAAUAUCAAAUUCCUUUUUUUAAUCUUGAUUCGAUCUCAUGAGGUUUGUGACAUUGCCCAUCAUGAUCUUUUUAUCCCUUGUAUUCUGUAUAUUGAAAGUAAUAUAAAUUUCUGCCUCAGAACUUGUAAGUACAAGUCUUCCUGGAGAUCUAAUAAAUAAUAAAGAUUUAGUAGCAGGAAUGCAAUCUACA